AUGGCUUACAAUGCCGGACCGCCGCAGGGUGGUGCUCCCUACCAGCAGUAUCCGUCCCAGCAAAACCCACCAUACCCGUCCCAGCCGGCCCCGCAGUAUCCGUCCCAGCCGGCCCCGCAGUACCCGUCCCAGGCUGCCCCGCCGUACCCGUCCCAGGCUGCCCCGCCGUACCCGUCCCAGGCUGCCCCGCAGUACCCGUCCCAGGCUGCCCCGCAGCACCCGUCCCAGGCCACCCCGCCGUAUCUGGACCCCACCGCCUCGUCGGCGCCGCCUCAGAUCGACGGCUACAGGGACAUCGGCUUCGACGGAGGGUUCGUUCGACCGCCGGCCGAUCCGAUGCCGUCCGCGCCUCCGGCCGACCAGCCGCGCAUAGCCUUCACGCAGGAUCCGCUGACCCGGGACGAGGUCAAGGACGCGCUGGCCGCCUUCGUGGCCCAGCACUGCUGCUACGGCAGCGCUCCUAUCAAAGACAUGCAGAUCAGGAACGUCGCGCCCACCUUCACGUUCAAGGUUCUCACUCCGCAUACGAGGUCGCACCCCAUUGAACUCGGAGCCGACCAGGAGCGCGGCGCUGCCGUCGAGAACGACGCGGGAGAGCGGCGGCGGCCGUCUCCACCUCGGGUGACCGCACCGGCGACGAGCGGCACACGGCCGGCGCACUAG